AUGUGGAUGACUGGCUUGGUAUGAGAAAGUUCAGCCAGCAUCCCAGCACCACUAAUCCAGAAUCUGGUUUCCAGCAUCUGCAGUCAUUGUUUUUACCUUGGUAUUAGAAAGGUCGGUGUAGUUGCUGCAUUUUAAGUUCAGGGCUUUUUUGUUUUGUUUUGCUGAGCACUGUUGAGGGAGGUGUUGGUGAGCGGUGGUUGGAAUCGGAGCGUUGUUGCUGAGCCGGAGUGCGAGUGAGCAGUGUGUGGGGGGUUUAAUUGUCGGCGCACUGAGAGCUGGUGCCUGCGCCUUUAAAAGCUGCUCACACGGGGAGGAGGCUGGAGAACAAGCCGCAGCCGGGAGCGAAGGAGAGCGGCUGUGUGCUGAGGCCGUGUCCCUUCCACCUGCCCCCGGGGAGGAUGGCAGAGAGUGAGGCAGAGACCCCCGGCACCCCGGGAGAGUUCGACAGCAAAUACUUCGAGUACAAUGGAGUGCGGCUGCCUCCCUUCUGCAGGGGGAAGAUGGAGGAGAUCGCCAACUUCCCGGUCAGGCAGAGCGACAUCUGGAUCGUCACCUACCCCAAAUCUGGAACAAGUCUACUUCAGGAGCUGGUGUAUCUAGUGAGCCAAGAUGCUGACCCAGAUGAGAUUGGAAUAAUGAAUAUUGAUGAGCAAGUGCCUGUGCUGGAAUACCCUCAGCCUGGCCUUGAUAUCAUUAAGGAACUGACAUCCCCUCGCCUCAUUAAAUGCCACCUGCCGUAUCGUUUCCUGCCCACAGACCUGCACAAUGGACAGUCAAAGGUUAUAUGCAUGGCCAGAAAUCCCAAAGAUUUAGUGGUGUCUUACUAUCAAUUUCAUCGUUCGUUACGUACAAUGAGCUACAGGGGAACAUUCCAGGAAUUCUGCCGGCGGUUCAUGAAUGAUAAGUUGGGUUAUGGUUCAUGGUUUGAACAUGUUCAAGAAUUCUGGGAGCAUCGUAUGGAUUCCAAUGUCCUCUUCCUAUUGUAUGAAGAUCUGCUUAAAAACCUUGCAGGUACCGUAGAGCUCUUAGUGCGGUUCUUAGGAGUGUCAUAUGACAGGACUCAAAUGGAAUCUAUAAUUGAACACUGCCAUCAGCUUGUGGACCAAUACUGUAAUGCAGAAGCACUUCCCAUUGGAAGAGGACGGGUUGGCCUGUGGAAGGACAUCUUCACUGUAUCAAUGAAUGAGAAAUUUGAUGCUGUCUUCAAACAGAAGAUGGGAAAAUCUGACCUCAGCUUUGAUUUCAGCCUUUAAAGAAUCAAUGUGCAUGCUUGCCAGUAUUCUCAACAAUAGCUAGAAGUGCUUCUUCUCAUUUGUUCAUCAAUCACUGGUUAAUCUUUGCUGUUACGUGUAUUAUGGCAGCUCUUUAAUGAUGGGUAUUGGGUAUUCUAUAUCUAUAGUAGCAGUUUCCUCAACUUCACCAUCUAUAACUAGUAGGCUGCCUCUUAGCAGAAUUGCAAGGUAUAUAAUCUAUGAAAGCAACUUAAAUAUAAACUAUGAUAGUAAUUGUCUUUACCAUUAAAGCUAUGUACUACAAAAUGAGAACUAUUUGAAAAUAUGCAAAUAUAUACAUGCAUACUUAAGUACAAACAUGCAAAAGAAACCAAAAUUAUAAAUAAGGAAAAUUUAGUGCUGCAAAAUAUGUUGUUUUGUUCUUCUCCAAAUCACUAAAUGUUACAUUCCUGGCUGGUUAGAUAGGAACAAGCCCCAAAGCUCUAUCCAGAUAAGAAUUAAUUCAUGUUUACUUUGUUCAGAUAUUGCUGAAUCUAAUGCAUUUGGAUUUGCAGAAGUGAUGGUGUGGUGAAUUGAGGUAAAUGUUCUAUCAGUUUCAACAAAAAAUAAACAAGAUUAAGGCUGUGCUCCAAAUUAUUAAUAAAAGAACGACUGUGGGGAAAAUGCUGAAUGAGCUACACAAUCCUCUGUUGACACUGGCUAGUGUUGGGUUUAACAAAGCCCAAGUUCUAGUUAGGUCAAUCAGUGAUGUACCAAAACCUAAUCCACAGCAUACUGAUGUGGCUGUUUAAUGCAAUUGGACAAAAAGUUGCUGAAAUAAGCUGGAAGCAACAAAGAUCUAGUUGCAUUCCACCAACCCUCAGCAACUGUCCCAAGAAAAAAACAAAUCAAUGAAUUUGGUCCUAUCAUCCACUCUCUGUACUGUGGACAGUUUGCCUGUUUGGUAUUCAUCCUUUUGAAAAUUGCAGUAACAUUUUUGAACCAGAAUAAAAUACUGGUAGAUAAUUUUCCAUUGUUUGAGAGUAUUCUAAGAAAUCAUUUAGCAUUUGUUUCAUAGUGCAUUUUAUAAAAUAAGCAGUAAGCAAAUCACUUAUCACAGCUUAGAGAAUUCCUGUCUAUUGAGAACGUUCUCUCAAAGAAGGAAGACCUAGUUGACCAAAUUCAUCUUUGUCUCCAAUGUGUCAGUUCAACCUUGAGCACUGGAGGAAAAGAGUAUAUGAGGUUUGGACAACAUGCAGCAAGCACCUCAAAGGACUGGAGAAGUACCAGCAAAAUCCUUGUCUUCUCACGAUUCUCCAAAUCCAGCAGUAGGAAAAGCAUACUAAAAGCAGCAACUUGUUACGCCAAGUCAACCACACAAACACAGUGGCUACAAGAGCAGGUCAGAGACUAGGGAUACUGCAGUGAGUAACUCACCUUCUGACACCC